AUGUCUCUCUCGGUCGAUCAAGUGCAUUUGCUCAAGCGAGAGCUUUUGCGCUUGGCAAUUGCAGACGAGUCUGCUCGGCUGGACAAUAUGAACAACAUUAACCAGCUGGGGCCUCCUUUUAUAGACACGGACGGCAUGCCGGCUGAUGGAUCGGCGUUCCCGAUCAUGUCCUACAUUUUGGUGAACUUUGUCGUUCCGUUCCCGCCGUUGGCCAGAGCCGACGCCAAAUUCUGGGCCAAUACUGCACAACCAUUCAUACAAGGACUAGCAUCAAAGGAAAUCUCGUCCAGUGCUGAUCGUGACGAGGCAACCAAGCGUCGCCGACUCGGCCGUAUUGCCAAACGAUUCAUCUUGAUGCUCAUGGUUGCCGGUAUUAGCACUAAUGUACCGAAUGAAUCACGACGGUACUCCAAAAGACGGGCGUACGAUGCAAUCCUACCCAAAACCGACGACGGAAUCCUCGAUAAACAGCCUGGCACGCCCCAAGACGCAGAAAUAGCAAAUGGAACUCCGCCCCCAGGCCCCGUCCCGGGUUUAAUUGCCACAGUAAUUGGUGCAUAUACUGGAAGCUCGACCAGAUUGUUGAAAAAUAAAGAAACACAUUACAUUUUGGAGGCCCAGAUGUGGGGUGGGCCGCCCGUCUGGACAAAGCGAACGUACUUGGAUUUCGUAGCUUUGGACAAACGUUUGAUGAAGGAAUUCCCCGGUAAGCAUCUUGCCAGACUGCCUCACAAAAAUUCUACCAAUACUGUUGUCAAAGUUGACGGCUCGGAACGCACCUUGAUCCGGGAACGCCAACGAGUGACAUUGCGAGCAUAUCUCAAUCGAUUGACUUCUAUUCCAAAAGUAUGCCAGAGUGAUAUUUUUCUCGAGUUUUUGUUCAAACAGCGAGUUAAUGAACUCACAAAGGAGGAGAUAGCCGAUAUUGUGGUUCGCCAAGGUUUAGACCGUGAACGUUGGACUAACCGAGAGAAAUUCUAUGAUCUGGCAAAUGAACGAGCCAAAAAACUCGAGCAGUACCUUGGGGAAAUCAAAUCUGAGAUUUUGAUGGAUGACGCUCUUCCCAAGCUGUUUAUGGAGAUGAAAACCCAUUCGCGGGUCGAAGAUAUGUCCCCCUUAUUGCAAAAAUUUGUCGAGUGGUGCUUGGUAGAGUUUUCGGGAAUCAUUUACAACCUCUUGCUUGGAAGAGACGAUAGUCCUGAGAUUUUUAGCCAAGUCAAACGGUUCUACCACCUCAUGCCUUUCAAGCUGAUGCAAGGCAUCCUGAAGCUUUCAAACCCCGCCUUGAUCAUGAAGAAACUGACAGACCUGUUUAUGGCGACCCCUUUUGGUGGUAAAUCGCUUCUCCAGAAUAUGUUUAUUCGCAUCCUGAAUGAUGAUAUGCGCUCGCAAGAGGUUCUGCUCGAAGAGCUGGAAAAAUCUAUUUCCAACCAUGCUUUGACAAAACCCUUAAAGGACUACUCACAAAUGGGAUACCAUGAGCGAGAACAAAUACAUUAUCAGGUUGACCACUCCAACAAAGAUAUUGUCUUGGUUAUCUAUGAGAAUUCUGACAUUGACCCCAAGUUACUGCGCAUAACCACAAAGUAUCAUGAUCUGUGGCAGAAGGCAGUUGAGCAUCCCGAAACAAUUGAUGACAAUGUUGAAAAAAUCGAUACAUAUUCUCAGCUCAAGGACUUUUUGAAAUUAUCGGUCCGGCAACGUGACAAGGAUAUCAUGAAAGACUUUUGGGCCGAUCCGGGCACCAUUGCAUUUGUUAGAGCCACGGUUGAUAUCUUGUACGAUAUUCUGAUUGAGAUUUUCCGGACUGGUAAAAUUGCAGAGUCUCUUGGCGAUUUUGAGAGGUUUGCCUCUGAUAUCAUUAACUUUGUGGAUGCAGCAGAUGGCGGUAUAGCUCUUGACGCUAAUGAGCUGGUAAACGGAUUGAUUGCGAUCUGCCAAAAGCAUCAAAAUUCAGUCUUCAGGUUUAUCAAUCGAGUGUACUCUCGGGAGGAUAGUAUCUUUGUUGAUAUGAUUUCAUGGAUGACGCUAUUUAUUAAUUUCAUCCGUGACGGCAAACAAAACAAAUACAGGAUUGAUUUAUUUGGGAUUGUCGACAGAGCAUCAGAGAAUGGGAUGGACAUUUCCGUUCUCCAAAGUGACUUGGAUACUCUCCAGCAGUGGUUACGAAACCGACAAGAAACUGCGAAACCAGAUCUCAAGGGUGCCCCUACUGAGAAGAUGGGCGAGGCCAGCGAUUAUCUCGAGGAUAUCGGUCUCACAUGGGAUGAUGUUGGAUUCGCAAUGGCAGAAGUUGAAAUUGAUGAGCAGGAGGAAUUUAUUCCAGAGCUCAAUACGGAUAUGGCCCAAGAUGCAGUGACUCGUGAGAGAUUUAGACGGUUCAAGCAUUCUGAGAUGGAAAGACGAAAAGAGGAGAUGAAAGAUCGGCCAGCAUCACGGCUCAUUGAGGAAUUAGUUCCUGCCUUCCAGGAAGCACUAGGUAAAGUCUUGAGCGAAGCCAGGGUUUAUCCUACACCUAUGAGUAACUACAAAUGA